AUGGGGCUAACCGCGCCCAACACUUACGAGGCAGGGGAGAUGCUUCGUUGCGAAAGCAAGGUGAGGCUGGGUCAGCACAGCCUGCGUGCUGAUGAAGACGCUGGGCAGUAUGUCUCUGUCAGACGCUCCAUCCCACACCCCCUCUACAACAUGAGCCUCCGAAAGCUCACCUUUCUCUGCCCGGAUGCUGACAACAGUCACCUGAUGCUGCUUCAGCUGAGUGAGCCAGCCAACGUCACAGAGGCUGUGAGCGUGACGAGCCUGCCCACCGAGGAGCCGAAGCUGGGGAGCCAUUGCCUGGCAUCUGGCUGGGGCAGCACCAGGCCAGAGAAGUGUAUGCCUGGGACACUGCAGUGUGUGGAUCUCAACCUCAUGUCUAAGGACGUCUGUAAGAAGGCUUACUCGAAGAGGGUGACAGGAUUCUUGUGGUGUGCUGGGCACCAGGAAGGCUGCAAAGAUACCUGCAUGGGUGACUCUGGAAGCCCACUCAUCUGUGAUAGGAUGCUCCAAGGGAUGGAGUGGUGA